ACUAAAUAUUUAAUUAAUUUUACAAUGCUAGUUUUUCUGAUAAGCUUUAAACAAAAUGGAUAGCUACAUCGUGUUAUCGUUUAUUGGCGAAGGAUCAUUUGGACGAGUGUUCAAAGCUAAGCACAAGAAAACUAAUGAAGUUGUCGCACUAAAAGUCAUUAGAAAGAAAGGCCGUUCCUCCAAAGACUUGAGGAACUUGCGGCAAGAAUGCGACAUACAGAGGCAGUUGAAUCAUCCAAACAUCAUCCGAAUGAUAGAUAGUUUUGAUACAGAAACUGAAUUGGUGGUGGUCACAGAAUAUGCUGAGAAGGAACUACAUAGUAUACUAGCAAAGGAAGGUUGUCUAAAUGAGGAGCAGGUCAAGAAAAUCACCUGGGACUUGGUCUCAGCUUUGUAUUAUCUUCAUUCGCACAGAGUGCUGCAUAGAGACCUGAAGCCUCAAAACGUGUUACUAGAUAGUACUGGUUGUGCCAAACUAUGUGACUUUGGUUUAGCAAGAAUAAUGACCAAUGCUACGCACAUUCUGACUUCCAUCAAAGGAACUCCGUUGUAUAUGGCUCCAGAACUGAUUGACGAAAAACCGUAUGAUCAUCAGGCAGAUCUCUGGUCUCUUGGAUGCAUAGUUUAUGAGUUGAUGGCUGGACAACCGCCAUUCUGUACUAUGUCCAUCUUGCAACUGGUUCGCAUGAUCCGACACAAGCCUGUCCAGUGGCCUAGUUUCAUCAGUAUGGAAGCUCGCUCCUUUUUACAGGGCUUAUUACACAAAGACCCAUUGAAAAGAAUGACAUGGCCUGAAAUACUUGAGCAUCCCUUUGUCCAUGGUCAUGUAUUAAUCCUACCAGAGGAUGUGCAGAGCGAGUCACCAUUCACCAAACCCUUGACUUUUAGUCAGCAGGAAGCCAAGCAGCUUCAGAAGGACAAGAUUAGCAACAGUGCUAGAAUCAUGAAACUUGAAGGCGAGUCUAUUAAAUCAGAAACACGGGAACACGAUUUACGAAAUGUUCGCGGAGUAAUGCAAGCUAUGGAGUGUGUUCCAUUGUCUGACGACGACAGUGUGCGAGCUACUAGUGCGUUUAGCGUUAGAGACAGCCUCAAGACAGAUGAUGAGGACCAGUCACAGCCCAUCACUGCCGCCAACGCAAAACUUCUGCGCCACGAGUACAACGUCAUGAACAAUUCUAACUUAGUUGUGUGCAAUUUAGAAAACAACAUGGCCCAACUUAUGGCUGUAAGCAAGAAACAAAUUGAUACAAACGUCGAUAAAAUGGACAAGAUUAUUGAAGAGAAACACAUUGAUAAAUCUGCAGAAAAAUCUGAAAAAACUCUUGAAGAAACAAAAUCAAUCGAUAUGCAUGAGGUUGUUGAAGUUAAACAGAAGACUAGAUCUGUUGACACAGCUUCGCAUAGUUUGGAAAAUCCUAAAAGUUCUACUAAAUGUAGUAGUGAAGUAAGCUCCGGCCUUAGCAAGAGCGUACCGCCGUCCUAUAAACAAAAGAUAUUACAGUUUUCGAGAGAUAAACUCCGUUUUGGGAGUGGUGGCAAUAGACUGACGAGGAGCAUUAAAAGGUCGUUUCACUUUAGCAGGAGUUGGGACAAGAAUAAACCUGAGAAUCAGCGACGCAUUAGUGAGCCUGCUAUCGAGGUUUCUAGCAUUGUUGAUGAUGAUAAAGGUAAAUGUUCUAAGGAAGAAAAAGAUGAAGACAUAGAGAAAUGCGAGGUGAUCGAAGAGACAUCAGACGAUAAAGAAAUCGCUAAUAAUGACCGACUUGUGAAGACUGAGGAGAAACAUGAAGUAAAAGAACCAUCUACAAUAGAACUCGAAGAAUGGGAGGCAUUCCUCAACUCUAACAUUAGUGAAGUUAUGAAUGGUGAUGUUGAAUCUUUGACUCAACUCAAUAUGGUGAGCAUGGUGGUGAGCGUAGUGGGCAGCGCGGCACGUGCGGGCGCUGCGGUUGGGGGCGGCGGAGGCCGUGUGUGUGGCGCCGUAGCCGCGUUGCUGGCGCUGCCUGCGCUUGCGCAUUCUCUUCCGCGACACACAUUGCUUAAUAUUCAGGAUGUGUACCUGGAAGCUAAAGUAGUGUAUAACUUCGUAGCUGCCAUUAACACAUUGAUGAAAAACAGCAGCGACUCAGAGGAUGGUGCUGAAGAUCGAGUGGUGGGCGUGAGUCGCAUGGUUGAAGUGUGCGCGUGGCUGUGCGUGCGAUCAUGCCGUGGCGUACGCCAAUUCGCUACCGCGCUGCUGGCCAACCACGCUUAUACCGUCUUCACACGCCUGCUCGCCAACUAUACGAAAACACCUCGGAUAACAUUAAACAUUGUUGGACUGUUGAUCACGGUCCUGCAGGAUCUCCCCGAACACGCUGACGUGGUUGAAAAGAUACUCUUUGACGACGACUCGUUCAACUUUAUGUGUUUGCUAGAACAACCUAGUGAUGCGCUUAGAAUGAGACUUUGUAUACUCAUUAGCCUUUUAUGUACUUUUUCUUGUACUGCUUUUUCAGUAGCAAUGGAUUCUAAAUGGAGGAAAAACGAGAGUGACUGUUUGGAAGCUCUACACUCUCAUUGCAAUGUUACUUUGAACAGGGCGGCUAGGUUGGCUACCAAGGAAUUGAGCAAUAUGCCGUUCUAUGUCUCAUAAGUGAGACAUAGAAGGACAUAUAGAAGAACAUAUAGACAUAAUUUUGUAUUAGCAUUUUCGACUAAAGUAUUUUUAAAUAUUUAUUUUGAUUAGAUAUCAUGAUGUUUUUACUACCAUGAUAUUCAUCUAUUUUUUGUGAAAAUUCUCCACAAUGUUGUUAUUAUUAAUGAUACAAAGAUUGAAUAAACACAAAGAAAAAUACCUUCGAGCCGCUGUACACGAACCAGAUUUUGUUGCCUCUACUUGGCUACCUGUACAGUCGCAUCGAAGGAUUUUCUCUUUGUUUGUUGGGUCUUUGAUGGUAUCAAUAAUAAUAAAGUAUUUUUAGAUAUUCUAAUUCAGAGUGAGUAUUUUCGAAAAAUACUUGUUUUUCAUUCUUUGCUAUUGUAAUUUGCUACUAACAGUACUGUAAUAGUGGCAUAUUAUUGCACAUAGGGUAUUUGACAAAAAAAAAUAUUAGCUUGAUAAAUUGGAAAUUC